GCACCAAGCUAGUUAUCGGUUGUCAUAAGCUAACGGUUUCAUCACCGGUAGCCUCCGUCUUUUCGGGGUUCACUUCCCGUUUUAGUGGUGGUACGGUAGUUGAUUAGAAAAUGGCUCUGCUAACGCCGUUAUUCGCUUUCCUGUAUCACCUGCCGCAGGUGUACAAAUGGCUGCUGAAGCCUUACUAUGUAGCCUCUCUCUUCAUGUCUGUAGCCUUUCUAGCUGUCCGCAAGACGCCUGGUAUCUGCGACCAUCUGGCCACACAGCGAGAGGAUGGCAACUCCUGCGACUUCGACUGGAGAGAAGUGGAGAUCCUCAUGUUUCUCAGUGCCAUCGUCAUGAUGAAGAACAGACGAGCCAUAACGGUGGAGCAGCAUGUGGGCAACAUCAUCCUGUUCAGCAAAGUGGCCAAUGUCAUCCUGUUCUUCAGACUGGACAUCAGGAUGGGCCUGCUCUACCUGACACUCUGCAUAGUGUUCCUGAUGACCUGUAAGCCUCCUCUGUACAUGGGACCAGAGUACAUCAAGUACUUCAGCGACAAAACCAUUGAUGAUGAGCUGGACAGAGACAGUCGUGUGACAUGGAUUGUUGAGUUUUUCGCCAACUGGUCUCCAGAGUGUCAGUCCUUCGCUUCAGUCUAUGCUGAUCUCUCUCUCAAGUAUAACUGUGCUGGCCUCAAGUUCGGCAAAGUGGACAUCGGACGUUAUGGAGAAGUUUCCAAGAAGUACAAGGUAUCAACAUCUCCUCUGUCCAAGCAGCUUCCGUCUCUGGUGUUGUUCCAGGGAGGGAAGGAGGUGAUGCGACGCCCCCAGGUGGACAAGAAGGGGAGAGCUGUAUCCUGGAGCUUCACUGAGGAGAACAUCAUCCGAGAGUUCAACCUGAACGAACUCUACCAGAAAUCCAAGAAACUCAACAAGACAAAAGAAGACAAGGUCAGCCAGUCCCAGUUCCCUCCGGUCCCCGAGGAGGAGGAACCAGACCAGCAAGGAGACAACAGUCAGAAGGAAGAGUCCGAGUCCAAGAAGGACAAAUAAGACAGUUUGUGAACGCUCAGCUUCGACCUCUGAACUGAUGAGUCCAGGUCAGCUCCUCAUCCACCUCCUCUUCGCUCUCCUCUCCUAAGUGUUCAGUUUGUUGGCUCAUGAAUCAGCACAGCACCGGUGUCAGUGUGGAUCCUGGAUCCUGAGAUCGAUGGAGAAAAUGAAUAGCCUCAGUACUUCAGCAUCUCCUCAGCACCAUUCAACACAGCCGCCCCCCCCCCCCCCCCCCCCCCCCUUUUAAACCCAGUACUCGUGCAGCUGCUGCAGCGACCUCGGCCUGUUUUCCCCCCUCCUGAACCGAACAAAGAGAACAAGCGCACACUUAGUUGGAGAAGCAACACUGAGGGACAGUAAAGUUUUGGCGUUUGGAGGAGGGUGUAAUGCUGUAACAAGCUGCACUUUAUCAGUGUGCAGGCUGGAAAUGUGCUGUGCUGACCUGUCAUGUACAUCGGGUGAUUAAAGUCGACACAGCACAUUUCUGAGGGUUAAAGCUGUGAAGUCAUUUAGGAGAGUCAGCUGAGUUCAUACUAAUUAACAAUGAGGGAGCAGUGAAUGUGAUGCUACUUUGUUGUUUUUGAUUAAUUUUUUUAUGCAGCUAAUUUAAUUCAGAGUAGAUGUUUUAUGUUUUUUUUUUUUUUUAAAUAACUUUAUGACUAACUGUAUAUUCAUUGUUAACCAAGUUCUAACUACACACACUCAGCUGUGUGUAACAUUUACAGUGUCAAACAUUCAGGUUCCUCGCGGUUUUGGUUUGAGAAGAGAGGCACGAUAUAUGGGAGCACCUGUUUUUAACAUCAACACAUCUGCCCCAAUCAGACGGUGUUACACAAGUUUACUGACAUCUGGACAGCAUCUGUAUUCAUCACAGACCAAGCUCAGCUCUACUGUCAUUCAGGCUUCUGACAAAACAUUCCAGCAAUUUUCUUUUUUUUUAUUCAGAUUCCUCCUUGUUUGUUUAUUGUUGUUGUUUUUUUAAGAUCAGUGUAUUUGCCUCUCAAACUGAGAUGAACAUGACUGUCAUAACAUAUUUAUACUGUAUGAAUAAAGAGUAGGAUUCAUCAGAGAGGCUGUGAGCUGCUGCUGCUUCUGUUUAUGGACCAGAUCAAGAGUUUCUGAGGCAUUUGAUUGAAUUCUCUUUGUGUUACUUCCUGUUCCCUAAUCAGGAUUUUUUUUUUGUAGAUUUACUUUUUAAUCACACUACUGUUUUGAUCCCUGAUUAAUUAUUUUCUUAACAAAGCUGAUUUUGGUUUGUUUAUUAACACAUAAUGUGAUUUGACCUUUUUUUUUUUUUUUUUUUUUGUCACGUUACAUUUCAUUCGAGCUGCAUUCCAAGACUUGUGUGUAUAUUUGCUCCUGUAUGUGAAAUGGAGACAUCUGCUGAAAACACCUGCCCUGUUCUGUUA